ACCAGUAGAUAGCCUCCCAUAUAAACUCCCAACAUCCAGUGCUUUCUCUUUAUAUAUCCCAAUCCAACACAAGCUCAAAAACAAAAGUCAACUCCUCACCAUCUUCUCCCUUCCUCAAAAUCUAUGGAGAAUGCCAACAACUGGGAUCUAUAUGCAGUUGUCCGUGGCUGCGGUGCAACUACAAGUGCAACUUUAGACCCUUUUAAUUCUUAUACAACCGAUAAUUUCAUCGGUAAUUAUGAAGCAGAGGGUAAUUUAUCGCUUCCUGAUCUAACGACAACCAAUGACGCGGUUUAUGAGCUUGAGGAUCUAUGCAAACCUUUCUUCUUGCAAUCUCAGCAUAAGCCACAACAGGAGACUCAAAGGCAAAGUUCACACAGUAUUCCUCGUUCGAAAAGACGAGGAAAGAACCAACAGAAGAAGGUGGUUUGCCAAGUUCCUGCCGAUGGACUCUCUUCAGAUAUGUGGGCUUGGAGAAAGUAUGGGCAAAAACCUAUUAAAGGUUCACCUUACCCUCGAGGAUAUUAUCGGUGUAGCAGCUCAAAAGCGUGCCUAGCGCGAAAACAGGUGGAGCGUAGCCAGACUGACCCAACAAUGCUCAUCUUAACCUACACCGGCGAGCACAACCACCCCGUCCCCACUCACCGGAACUCUUUAGCUGGGAGUACAAGAAACAAGUUCCCUUCACAAAUAUCUUCCAACAAAAAAAAUCUAUCUACCUUAUCGGGAAAUAAUAUGACCGGUCUCUCCCCUACGACUCCUCUUAUAAAUGGCGUCGAGGAGGAGAAUGAUGAUAAUGAAGAAGAGGAUAUGAUGGUUAUGGAUUCUGAGAAACUUGUCGAUCAUGAAAUUGAGGGUGAAGAUUUAGUGGAGAAGUUUUUCUCUGAUAUAUGGCAGGCUGAGAACAAUGCAGAGUAGCUAUUUCUUUUUGUGUUAUUGCAGUGUAUAAAGAGGAGAUUUUGAUGUGUCAUAAGUGAGAAUACUGUGUAGGCAAAUUACUGAGGUUCAUGCUUUUCCUGUGU